AUGCGCAAGGACGUGAGGAUAUUGCUGGUUGGAGAGCCCAAAGUGGGGAAGACAUCUCUCAUCAUGUCUCUGGUCAGUGAGGAGUUCCCAGAUGUGGUUCCCUACCGAGCUGAAGAGAUUACUAUACCUGCAGAUGUCACACCAGAGAGAGUCCCCACACACAUUGUGGAUUAUUCAGACGCAGAGCAGACAGACGAGCAACUGUUUCAGGAGAUUGCUAAGGCAAAUGUGAUUUGCAUCGUCUACUCUGUAAAUAACAAGAAGUCCAUAGAGAAGGUGACCAGUUACUGGAUCCCCCUCAUUACGGAAAAUACAGACAAGGACAGCAGGGUUCCUCUAAUCCUGGUAGGAAACAAGUCUGACCUUGUGGACCACAGUAGCAUGGAGACCAUAUUGCCCAUCAUGAACCAGUACUGCGAGAUAGAGACCUGUGUGGAGUGCUCCGCAAAGAAUUUGAAGAACAUCUCUGAGCUUUUUUACUAUGCCCAAAAGGCGGUUCUCCACCCCACGGGUCCCCUCUACUGCCCUGAGAAAAAAGACAUGAAGCCUCUUUGUGUAAAAGCUCUGACUCGAAUCUUCAAAGUGUCGGAUCUGGACAAUGACGGAAUUCUCAAUGACAACGAGCUAAACUUCUUCCAGCGGACGUGCUUCAACACCCCCCUGGAGCCACAGGCAUUGGAGGAUGUCAAAAACGUGGUCAGGAAGAAUUUGAUAGAUGGAGUAUUUGACAAUGGCCUUACUCUUAAAGGCUUCCUGUUCCUCCACACACUUUUCAUUCAGCGAGGUCGCCAUGAAACCACCUGGACAGUUUUGAGGAGAUUUGGAUACGAUGACGACCUGGAGUUAAAUCAAGACUACCUCUUCCCUCCGCUGAAAAUUCCUCCAGACUGCACCACUGAGCUCAAUCACAAUGCCUACCUCUUCCUCCAGAGUGUCUUUGACAAACAUGAUAAGGACCGUGAUUGCGCCCUGUCGCCCGAAGAGUUGAAGGACUUAUUUGACAUUUUCCCCUAUAUGCCCUGGGGCCCGGAUGUCAAUAACACAGUUUGCACCAAUGAUGAGGGCUGGAUCACAUACCAGGGGUAUCUUUCACAGUGGACGUUAACAACUUAUCUGGAUGUCCAGCGAUGUUUGGAGUAUUUGGGCUACCUGGGAUACUCAAUAGUCGCUGAGCAGGAGUCCCAAGCAGCAGGAAUAACAGUGACCAGAGAUAAGAAGAUUGACCUGCAGAAGAAGCAGACCCAGCGCAGCGUCUUUCAAUGUAACAUCUUUGGAGACAUUGCCAGUGGCAAGAGUGGCUUCCUCCAAGGGUUCCUGGGUAGAAACCUCAUGCGACAAAAGACAAUUAAGGAGGAACACAAGUCCUACUAUGCCAUUAGUACGACCUAUGUUUACGGCCAAGAGAAGUACCUUCUUCUUCAUGAGGUAUUCCCUGACUUCGAGUACCUAUCUGAUGCCGACCUGGCUUGUGACAUUGUCUGCCUGGUUUAUGAUGUCAGCAACCCUUACUCUUUUGAAUACUGCACCAAAGUCUUCAAGCAAUACUUCAUGGACAGCAAGACGCCAUGCAUGAUGAUCGCGGCGAAGUCCGACCUGCCGGAGGUCAAACAGGCAUAUGGCUGCAGUCCUCUGGAAUUCUGCAGGAGGCACAAGAUGCCACCCCCUCAGUCCUUCACCUGCAAUACAACAGCAGAGCCCUGCAGAGACAUCUACACCAAGCUAACCACCAUGGCCAUGCACCCCCAUGCUCGUCUGCGCUGCAUGUGCACCUGUAACCGGUGCACAUUCUGCCUGUGUCAGAAUUUCCUCAACUCUGAGCUGCUGCAGACUGUCAGGGCCAAACUCUACGCUGUGGUGCUUAGAAGACAACUAAGCCAAGCAGACCUGACCAGCUCUACAUUCUGGUUGCGGGCGAGCGUCGGGGCAUCUGUGUUUGCAGUGCUGGGCUUUGCCAUGUACAGAGCGUUGCUGAAAACACGGUGA